AUGGCAGCAACCGGCGCUGGAAGCGGCUCGUCAGUGCCUCCGAACUUCUUCCUGACCCCGCAGCAACAGAGCCUUCUCUUCACGGCUCUCAACGCGAACAAGCAGCAGCAGGCGAACGCCAAGUCUGGCCUUUCGCUAUCCCCGACUUCUUUCAAGCCGAAUCCGCUCCAGAGCCUGGACGGUGCUGCUUUCCAGGAGAGCCCCUUCCUCGACCACUACGACUACGACUUUGGAGACUCCAGCUUUGAUUUCUCGUUUGCCAAUGAUGCCGGCCAGACUGUCCCGAUUGGCGAUGUGCAGGAUAGGGCCAUGAGCGCCAAGUCCGACUCUACUGAGACCGACAAUCCCGAGAAGAGAAACCAUCCGGAUGAUGAGGAGGACGAUGCCAGCCCUGGCAACGACUCCAAGAGACAUGAGGGUUCCGACAAGGUGCCCAAGAAGCCUGGCCGCAAGCCGCUCACUUCGGAGCCAACUUCGAAGCGCAAGGCUCAGAACCGAGCCGCUCAGCGUGCCUUCAGAGAGAGAAAGGAGAAGCACCUCAAGGAUCUUGAAACAAAGGUCGAGGAGCUGGAGAAGGCUUCUGAAGCCGCCAACCAUGAAAACGACUUGCUUCGCGCUCAGGUUGAGCGUAUCUCUGCUGAGCUUAACCACUACAAGCAGAGGAUGGCGCUUGUGACGCCCAAGACGUCCGCGCCCGUCCGCGCUCAAACCUUUGGCGCUGCGGCCAUCAGCAACCUGCCUGACGUCAACUUCCAGUUUGAGUUCCCCAAGUUUGGAAAUCUCCCCGGACCCCCUGCCAAGGCGGCUCACCAGAAGUCCAUGUCCCAGCCCAUCAGCCCCGUCUCCAACCAGGCUUCUAGCCCUGCCACAAACCAGAACAACGUGGAGAAGCCCGCCCGCAUGUCCCAACAGGCGGCGCGAAAUGCGCAGUUCAAGGAAGAUCUCGCCAAGUUUAACAAUGGCGUCUUCAACAUGCACACUCCGUCCAUGAGCAGCUCCACCGCGACCGGGUCAAGAGCCAGUGUCGACUCAGUCAACUAUAGCAUGAACAACACGACAAGCUCGCCGUCGGCCUCUUCUCACUCCAAUGUGGGCGCGAGCUCGUCGUGCGGCACGUCUCCCGAGCCCUUUACUCAGUCCCCCAUGGGCUUUAAGCCUGUCGACACCCUGACAACCAUUGGCGAGGAGCAUCCCUCCAUGUCCACCACGGAAGGGCCCUUUUCUCAAUUCGCUGGCCUUGAUUUCAGCAACAACAGCUUCGAUUGGAUGGUGCAGCAGAACAAUGGCGGCCAGUUUGAUCCGCAGCUGUUUGGCGAUUAUCGCGAGCCUCAGGAGAACAUCAUGGCCAACCCGACUUUUGACGACCUGUUCAACGAUUCACUCGAGGCCGAUUUCUUCACUCCUUACAACAUGGCCAGCCCGAAUCUCUCGAAGAAGACAAACCUCAUUGAUGAGAUUGACGCUGCAAAGGACAAUGUAGAUGAUGAUUCAACCCUGACCAAGUCAAACAUGAGCUGUAACCAGCUUUGGUACAGGCUGCAAGCAUGCCCCAAGGCUCAGAACGGCGAGUUUGACCUGGAUGGUCUGUGUUCAGAGCUCACCAAGAAGGCAAAAUGCUCCGGAAGCGGACCCGUCGUUGCCGAGAGGGAUUUUGACACCAUUCUCAAGAAGUACAUGGGCAAGGAGGCGGCCGAUUGCACGGCUGACAAGCUGGGAAUCGCUCUGGAAAAGACGCCGUCCGAGCCUCUGGUGAUGCCAUGA